AUGACGUCCACGCUUCGUCCGACCACGAGGCGCUGUUGCUCAGUUCUGGCUACAUUCUUUUGUCUUUUGGCCCUGUCUACAUGCGUUCUGGCGCACGGCAAGCAGGCUACCGUGGGCGACCUUACGGUUCCGCAAAUUGAAGAAAGGCUGCAAGGAUGCCCGCUGGUGCAAUCACUGAAUCUUCAUAAGCAAGCUACUGCUCCCCAAACAGCCAGCCUGACCUCGAAGGUCUUUGCUGUCUUGUUCCCUGGUAGCCCCGCUGUCAAUGCCAUUCUAGCCACUCUUUAUAUUUCUGGACCUCCAAAUUUCCUCCUGGCAUUAUGUCCUCCAAACAUCGACCCAUCAUCCCUGUCUAUAAUGGUGGCGUUUGCUGUGGGCGGGUUACUCGGGGACACUCUUUUCCAUCUCCUCCCAGAGAUAUUUCUAGGUGAAGACUCACCCGAACAUGUUCGAUUCGUCAUGGUCGAACCAAACAGGAACCUCCUUCUUGGUGCUGCCAUUCUAGUAGGCUUCCUUACUUUUGUAGCUAUGGAUAAAAUACUGCGAAUAGCUACUGGCGGCGAGGGUGGCCAUGACCACAGCCACGGGGAUCAAAAGCUUGGCCCCGUGGAUGCAGUGUCAUCUUCAGCAAGUGCCGUUUCCAAGGACACUCUCAGGCAGCGCAAGAAAGAGCAGCCUGCAGAGGCCCAGCCCACUGAAGAGAAAGAGAUCAGCCCAAGCGUCAAGCUGGGUGGGUAUCUCAAUUUGAUUGCAGACUUCACACAUAAUAUCACCGAUGGGCUCGCAAUGUCUUCUUCGUUCUACGCUUCGCCCACGAUCGGCGCGACCACCACCGUGGCUGUAUUCUUCCAUGAAAUUCCUCAUGAGGUGGGAGACUUUGCGCUCCUUGUGCAGUCUGGCUUUUCGAAGCGAAAGGCGAUGGGCGCGCAAUUUGUCACCGCCAUCGGUGCCUUUUUGGGCACGUUUAUCGGUAUUGCCAUUCAGGAGUGGGGGAAUGGGGAUGCUGGCUCCGGCUCGUCAUCUCCGGUCGGUCUAUUAGGGACCAGCCUUACUGUUGGGGACCUACUCUUGCCGUUUACCGCCGGAACAUUUUUGUAUGUCGGUACCGUGGCCGUUAUUCCCGAGAUCCUAGAGACUGGGAAGAACAAGGGUGUCGAGACGAAAAAAGCGUUAAAACAAUUCGCUGCCAUUUUUGCAGGCGCCGCGAUCAUGCUGAUGUAA